AUGAAAAAAGACAACCAUUCCUGUUUGACCGAGAUUGUCCUGCUGGGCUUCUCAGAUUUCAAGACUCUGAGAGAAAUUCUGUUUUGUCUGGUCCUAAUGUUCUACAUCAUGGCCUUGAUGGGCAACAGCCUGAUUUUGAUCCUUACCAGUCUCAAUCCCACCUUUCAUACCCCAAUGUACUUCUUCCUCUGGAACUUGUCCUUUCUGGAAGUUGGCUACACCUCAACCAUCAGCCCAAAGAUGCUAGUGGAUUUGUUAUCUGAUAACCAGAAUAUAUCAUUUUGGGGCUGUGGAUGUCAAAUGUGUUUCUUCCUUCUCUUUGGUGUCACUGAGUGUUGUCUUCUUUGUGCUAUGGCAUAUGACCGCUAUGUUGCCAUUUGCAAACCCUUGCAAUACCCCUACAUCAUGAACUUCAGGGAAUGUGCUAACCUUGCUGCUGCCUCAUGGGCCAUUGGGAUUUUGGUGGGUGUGGGGCACUCUAUUUCAAUCUUCACCCUUCCCUUCUGCGGGUCGAAUAGAAUCAGCCAUUUUCUCUGUGAUCUUAUGCCUGUUUUGAGACUGGCUUCCACCAAUACCUACAAAAAUGAAGUGGCUAUUGCCACACUAACCGUGGUAUUUGUCCUGGUACCCCUUUUGCUCAUCCUCUAUUCCUACAUCCUGAUAAUCUCCACUAUUCUCAUGAGGCCGGUGGCUAAAAACAGGCACAAAGCAUUUUCCACGUGUUCCUCACAUCUCAUUGUUGUCUUCCUUUACUACGGAACUAUCACUGCUACCUACAUUCACCCCAACUCAGAGUAUUCCAUGGACAGUCACAGAAUGCUUGCCCUCCUCUACACAGUUGUGACCCCGACCUUGAACCCCAUCAUUUACACGCUGAGGAAUAAAGAGAUAAAAACUGCUUUCAAGAAAUCCAUAGCAAGGAAAUGGGUCUUCUUUAGGUAA